AUGCUAUCCAUUGCUGAGCUUCUGGCGAAGCGGGCUGAGAUCUCCGAAGAGACGCUUGUUCGGUCCGCUGCCCUACCGGAACGAAGAAUAUUGGAAGGUGUUUCGACACUAGAGAAACGUGUCUAUAUACCUUGUUGCAACAGUAGCAGCCCGCCUGGUCUUGUCGAAGCAGAGACUGUCGACCCUUGGCAGCAGUCGGGCAAAUAUGCGCUUGGUUGGGUAUACUUUGCCAUCAUCCUCCUGGCCCUAACCACCGCAGUACGACGGUAUCACUACUGGAACGACAAGAUUCGGGUUGCCUCACAUGAGGCAUUCAUGGAAGAAGUGGCCAAGACCGCGUCUCCUGCUACGGACUACGCAGUCUCCGCCCCGAAUACGGACAGAUCGACGCGCAAGUUCUUCCCAACAGAGGGACCAUUACAACAGCCGCCCAACGCACAUGCAGACUCCUCCUCCAAUUGGUUUGUUAGGAUUUUGCUCGGAUCGAUUCGACAUGUAUUCUACCAUCCGAUACCGAGCAUCAAAUUGUUGAGGAAACUAAGGCCGGUCAACUUUCCUAGUCCUGGAGUUUGCCUGAUUGUCUUCGCAGCACUGGCUUUUGUCGUGUUGUACUGCUUCGUACCUCAGCCAUUGUACUGGUCAUCAAUCCAGUACGGCUCUCCGCCUCUAGCUAUUCGAUCGGGAAUGAUAGCAGUGGCAUUGAUGCCUUGGAUAGUCGGCCUCAGCAUGAAAGCGAAUUUCAUCUCUCUGCUCACUGGCCUCGGACACGAACGGCUCAACGUAUUGCAUCGAUGGCUGGCAUAUAUCUGUCUGUUCCUCAGUCUAGUUCACACUGUACCUUUCUAUAUCACUCCUGUUUACGACAACGGCGGUCUGCGGGUGUUCCAUCAGCUGUUGAAACAGCAGCAGGGUGGCGUAUACAUCUACGGUACAGGUGAGAAGAGCUCUUCUCCAACAAAUUGAGGCGCUGAAGCUGACCAUGAUAGGCAUUGCUGCGCUUGUACCAAUACUCGUGCUCUGUAUUCACUCUUUUGGCCCGAUUCGACGGCGCUUUUACGAACUUUUCGUCAUGCUGCAUGUGCCAGUCGCAAUCGUCUUCUUGGGCAUGCUAUUCUGGCAUUGCCACAACUACCUCGCGUCUUGGAAUUAUCUGUUUGCCACCACGGCAAUCUGGGUAGCUUCCUAUCUCUUUCGACUCUUUUACUUAAACUGGACGAACCCUGGCAGUAUUUCCUUCUGCAUCGGCGAGGAAGCUGCAGUGACUGUCCUGCACGAGAACGCCGUCAAAGUCACCAUUCCCACGCAGAUGCGCUGGAAGCCUGGCCAGUAUGUCUACCUUCGAAUGCCUGGCAUUUCAUUCUUCGAAAAUCAUCCUUUCACAAUAGCAUCGCUCUGCAGUGAUGACUAUCCUUCCGAGUAUGGUGAGAACUACCGAGACAUGGUCGUUGUGUUCCGACCUUUUGGUGGCUUCACCAAGAAGGUGUUGGACAGCGCUCUGGAUCAUGGUCCUUGGUGGACGUACCGAACAUUCAUUGACGGGCCCUAUGGUGGCAGGACAAGAAUCAUCCAUUCGUUCGAUCAUGUCGUCUUGAUUGCGGGAGGCACAGGUAUCACUGCCGUCGUUUCGCAUUUGCUGGAUAUCAUCAAACGCAUGCGAGACGGCAAGGCAGUGACGAAGACUGUUCACCUCAUCUGGGCAAUGAAGCGCCCAGAGACCAUGGAGUGGUUCAAAGAGGAAUUGCGCAUCUGUCGAGAGUUCGCGCCGCCAGACACUGUCAGCUGUCAUUUCUACAUCACUGCGGCCAAACGACAGUCUCAAGGCGGUAAGGUUGUCAGCGCGCAGACCCCAAACCGUCCAGUCAGCAUGGUGUUCCACGACAAAGUAAACGAUGUCUUCCAGAACAUAGCGAGCAACCGCUACUCCAUGGGCUCAAGCCACCGCAAUUCAGCACACAUUCGCGAAGCAGCAGCCGGCGACCCAGACCGCGAAAAGGAACUUCGCGAAGAAGAUGAAGACCGCCUCCGUCCUCUUCCCGAAGCCCACCUGAAACCCGUCCGCCAGCCUUCUCGCGGCCAUCCCGACGCUUCCUUCGCUGAACGCCGAUCAGGCUCCUGUUCUCCCAAGAGAUCCUCUCUCGACCAAAGCAUCUCAUCAGACGAUAUCACAGAAGCAACAUCACACAUGCCCCCGCACCCAACGCUACACGAGAAGCGUCGCUCUCGAGGACCCAUAUCCCUAGACAUCAGCUCCGCCCACAACGCUCAGGCCACGCAAACGCAGCAAUUCGCCGAUGCGGGAGAAGAGGAGCCAACCUUUGAUUUUGGAUUCCCAUCUACACCAACAGAAUUCCAAAAGAAUCUCAUGCGCUUCGCGUUCAUGCCGGCCGCUGUAAAGUCUCGUCGCAGCGGCUGGAGCGUGGAGUGGGGCAGGCCGGAGAUCUCAUAUAUGCUCAGAGGAAUGAGUCAGGAGUGGACAGGCAAGAGGGCCUGCGUGUUCGUCUGCGGGCCGCCGAGUAUGAGAGUGGAUGUCAGCAACACGGUAGCGGAUUUGCAAAAAUUGGUGCUGGGUGGAAACAGAAAGAUGGAUGAGGUCUUCUUGCAUACAGAGAACUAUGCUUUGUGA